UUAUCGAAAGUUGCCGGCACUAUUGUUUACCUUAGAUUUUGUUAAUUUUUGUUAAAUUUACUUAAAUACAAAAUGAGUAGCGAUGACACCACCGAGGCCCUCGUGGCCCACAUGUGUGACCUGGUGCAGUUCUACAUGCUGCCGGAGUUGAAGGAAGAUCUGGACAACAUUCAACUGGAGGCGUCGCAAUUCGAAAGCUACCAUUCCCAACUUAUCCAGGAUUUGCCCAAGCUCUACGACUUGGUGCAGGAAUUCCUCCAAAAGAGUGGCGAUGCAGGACACGAAGAGCUGAAAGUCAAGCUGCUCCUGCUAAUUUGCGAAUUGACAGCGUCUCCUACUAUUUACCAACUGAAGGAUGAUUCCGGUAAUCUUUUGAAAAACGCCCAUGAUUUGGCCAAGAAGCUGUCUGCCAACUGGUGGGAGUCCACGGAUGUCCAGAUACUGAGAUACUACGAGAAAAAACUUCACAGGGAUUGCUGGAAGAAGCAACUGGGAGCGGUGCAUGGAUUUGGCAGAUAUCUGGAACUUCGUUACGGGUUAAAAUCUAGAAUGCCGACCCAAAUGCUCGCCUUCGCCCUUUCCGUAGGCCUCAAUGUGCGAGAAUGCUACGAUCCCAUGUACAAACAACUGGGCGUCAAGAUCUUCUCAGUGAUGCUGAAAUAUAGCGAUCCCAAAGAUAUUCAGGAGCUGAAUGUGCACAGCGUGAUCUACGACCAUGCCCUCAAGGAUGCCUACAACAUGGAGUCCAUUGAGGCAAUCGAGUCGGUUUGGAAUUGCAUGUAUUUGUGCCUGGAUCACUUUGUCGAUCUUGACGCUUUUACGUGGAACCAAUGCGACGACAUGCUGGACCGGCUCAUCCAGAAUGUCACCAUGGCCUCUAGCCCGAAAAUAUCCAUCUGCCUGCUGAAGGUCAUCACACGGCUGGGCUACUACUUUACCAUCAAUCGCAGCAGUGUGGAGGCUGCUCUGGCCACCGAUAUUAGCCAGCCGGAUAAGUUGGCGGCUUGCCGGGAAGAGUGUCUCGCGUUGAACGCAAGCACCAGCUUUCGUUGGGCCAAGGCCAUCCUGCAAAUGCUCGUCCUGGAGUCGGAUAAACUGCUCCAAGGCGCCGAGGUGUGUGCCGAGCUGCUGGAACAGAUGCUAAGGUGCUAUAUGGUGUGCAUCUUGCCCAUUCCCCUGCAAGCACUCCACCCGCACCUGCCUGAGUUUUAUGGAAAGUUUGUGGCUGUGCUGAUGGAGUGCCUGGUAACCCAUGAAAGGGCGCCUCCAGUUCUAAAUCUUGUUUUGCGAUUCACGGAAAUCUUCAGCUUCCAACUGGAGAACAGCCAAAAAAUACCCCCUAACUUAACCGAAUUCACGGAGGCUCUGACAAUUAUACAUUGCAAGAUUUUGGAAUAAACAUGGUUGACUUUAUGAUAAGU